AUGAGAUCACUGCAUGUAGCAAUUGAUGCCGUGAAUUUCAUUGACAUCGUCGAGGGGCAGCAGCAGGGCAGCGUCGCGGACGGCCUGAUCAGCGUUCUGAAGGACGAGCUCAAAGUGGAGAAGGAGCGGUACCGCACGCCAGAGGAAGUGCUGGAGGGGCCCCCAAACGGCUUUGAGCUGGAGGACACGCCCAACAGCAACAGCAUCACCCUGGCACGCAGCUUCAAGGGGGAGGAUGUGUACGUGGAGGUUGACCUGGAUGAGCAGAUGGCGGCAGAGGACGACCAGGACGAGGACGACGAGGACGAGGAAGAGGAGUAUGUGGCGACGCCCGUCCUGUUCAGUGUCACAGUCAGCAAGGGCGACUCCAUGAUCGCCUUCAAGUGCGUCGGCGGCGGCGACUACGUGCGCAUAACCCAGGUCGAGCUGGACGACACGUCUGACAGCGACCAGUUCACGCCCUACACAGGGCCGGUGUUUGAGGAGCUGGACGAGACGCUGCAGCAGGCCUUCACAGACUACCUGGAUGAGAGGGGCAUCACUCCCGAGUUUGGGUCCUACCUUGUUGAGCUCGUGGCUGACAAGCUGGAGGUGGAGUACAUGAACUGGCUGCAGAGGACCUUGACCGCCAUGGAGGACGCGCCGGCCGACAAACCCGACGGCGCAGCAGCAGCGGCUGCGCUGUCAUCCUCGUCGCGUGUACUUGUCCUGGAGUACGUGAAAGAGCUGUCUGAUGGCUACGAGCUGCUGCAGCUGCUCAGGGAGUUCGACAUCCCCCUGCUGCAGGUGCUGCUCAUAACCCCAGAGGGCGUAUCGCGGGACGCACUGCGCCGCCUGAGGCUGCUCAAGGAGUCGGCGCUGACGUCAGCCGUGCGUGAUCAGGAGCGGCUGGUGGAGCAGCGCCAAGCAAAGUGGGAGGCCAACGCGGCACCUCUGAUCGAGCUCUUCUCCUCCCUUGGCAUGCUGUCAGAGGUCUUCGCACCCAGCCCCAAGCAGCUCCCCACUGGACUACUGACCACAAUCGGCUACGGCCAGGCCCCACCCCCAGGCGCCACCAGCCCGCCCUCGCCGCUGGACGCGGGCGGUUGGAUGGCGCGCGCCGGGUGGCGCGCCGGCUGCCGCGGCGGGUCGCUGAUGCCGGGGCUCUUUGCACUGCCUGUCAAGCCCGUCACGUCGCGGCGCCUAGUGUCCGACGCAGCCGAGCGCCGCGCCGCCCUCAAGGCCGCCGCGGCCAGCAGCGGCCUACGAGGCCUCGCGGAUGGCUCUUUCUGCCUGCCUGCGCCACGCCGCGCGGUGGCGUGCGCCGCGGACGCGGUGUGGGCGGCGGCACCGGGGCGCUACCUCGUGUCCCGCAAGGCGGACGGCACGCGGCACCUGCUGAUUGCGGCGGGCGAAGGGGGGGUAUACCUGCUCAAUCGCGCGGGGACGCUCUACCGCCACCCGCUGGUGCUCGGCCGCCGCAGCCGCGACACGGCCAGCCGCGGCAGCGGCUACGACGGCGCAGGUGACAGCAGCAGCAGUCCCGGGGCCAGCAGCAGCAGCGGCAGCGGCAGCGGCAGCGGCAGCGGCAGCGGCAGCGGCAGCGGCAGCGGCAGCGGCAGCGGCAGCGGCAGCGGCAGCGGCAGCGGCAGCGGCAGCGGCGGCUGCGAAAGCCUGGAGCUGCCGCCCGGCACGAUCCUUGACGGCGAGCUGCUGUGGUCCGGCCCGCCCAGCGCCCGCCGCGGCUUCUUCCUUGCGUUUGACGCCCUCAGCCUCGGCGACGGCACGCCGGCGCCCCGCCUCUGGUCGCAGCCCCUGGCCGAGCGGCUGGCGGUGCUGGAGCAGCUGGGACUCGUCGAAGCGGAAGCUAACGCACAGCUGCGGGCGGCAGCGGCAGCGGCGGCGUGCUACAAGGGCCCUGAUGCGGCCGCUGCGGCUCCAACGGGGCCGAACGGGCGGCCGCAUGACUGCUGGCUGAGCUGGCCGGGCCUGGCCUCGAAGCAGCUGGCGGCAGACGGCGGCGGCCCCGUGCUGCUGCUGCGCAAGCAGCAUCACGAGGUGACCGCGGCCACGAUCCGCCAACUGCAGGCCACCGCAGACACGUGCCCCUACCCCUCCGACGGCCUGGUGUUCACGCCAGCCGCCUGCCCGUACGUGCUGGGCAUGGCCGAGCUGAUGCUGAGGUGGCAGCCGUCGGCCCGCGCGGGCGCGGAGCUCACAGGGGCAGACCUGGUGCGGCAUAUCAUGCGCGAGGGCACAGCGGGCGCCGCUGCUGUGAUCGAUUGGCUGUGCGCCGGCAGCGCCCAGGCGUCUGCGGCGCUGGUCAAGCUUUCACGGACGCUGUACGACCCGAAGCCGAUUCCGCGCCGCUCUGGGCGCCGGGCCUCCUUCAUGCCAGCCCAAGCGUCGAUGUCAGAAGCUACAGCCAAGGCACGCGUCGCUGAAGACGCCUUCAAGCUGCUGCCGCGCGCCCUCGUUUAUGAGUUCGUGCGCGUGGCGGUGUCCCCGCCUGGGCCACCAGCCGGCUCGAGGGCGGCGCGGCGAGGGCUGGCGGCCGCGGCCCCACGCCGCACCCUAUGGGUGCCGACCUGCGUGCGGUGGGACAGGCAACGCGGCAGCGCGGCAGCAGUUGUGACGCGGAUGGAGAAGGAGAGCCCAGCCACGUGCUUCGACCUGGAUCAACUCGCGGCCGCGAUUGAGGAAGCCGAGGGGCAGCGGGCGCAGGCCCAGCAGAAGCAACAGCAGCAGCAGCAGCAGCAGCAGCAGCCGCCUGCUGACCAGCAGCUGACGGCGGCUCCCAGCGCCAUGGUGCACCCGGCGCGGGCGGUGCCGUUUGAGGAGCUGGCCGCGGCGGUGGCUGCCGAGGUCGCGGCCGGGCGGGUGGAAGAAACGGUGGAUGCGGCGACAGGCCUCCACGUCUUCAGCUACCUUAUCCGCGACGACAACCAGGGCGCCGACAGCCAGCAGGGAGCCGACAGCAAGAGUGCCGACGGUAGCCCAAGCGAGGGCGUCCGCACGAUAGGCGGCGCCCCUGUUGCAGCGGUCUGCCGCGGCCUGGUGCUGCACCCCGCCACGCGCGCCGUCGUCGCGGCGCCGUUUGUGCGCUUCGGCGACGUCGACGGCAGGGCGUGCGGCGCGGGUGGCGGCUGGGGCCGGGACGACGCCGCCGCGAGCGCGAGCCUCAAGGUUGAUGGCUCCCUGGCUGUGGCCUUCCUUUGGGGCGGCCAGGUGCACGCCUGCACGCGGCGGCGCAUGGAUUCGGAGCAGGCGCUGUGGGCGCGGGACUGGCUGCGCGCCAACGCGCCCGCCGGCGCCUUUGAGCCCGGCUGGACCUACAUGCUUGAGGCAGUCUACCGGAACAACACCCACGUGGUCGCCUACGACUUUGAGGGGCUGGUGCUCCUGGCCGCCACAGACCCAGCCGGCCGAGAGGUCCCCGGCGGCGCUCCGCUGCAGGCGCUCGCGCGCCGCCUGGGCGUCAUGGCUGCGCCACGCGUCGAGGGGCGCUGGGCCGAGCUGCAAGCCUGGCUGGGCGGCGGCGGUGGCGGCGGCGGCGGCGGCGGCACCAGGGGCGCGGCGGGCUACGCUGACUCAGAGGGGUGGGUGCUACAGGAGGCAUUGAGCGGGCGGCGCGCCAAGCUCGUGUUUGAGGGCUACAAGGCCGCCGCGCGGGCCGGCCGCCUGCUGCACCCGCUCACCUUUUGGGACGCCGUCCGCAACGUCGGCGUGCGGUCGCCCGCGGCGCUCGCCGCGCGGCUCAUGGGGGCGGGGGGCCCGGCGGGUUCGGCCGCGCCUUGCAGGGCCGGGGGCAGUGACAGCGGCAGUGGGGAUGAGGGGUGGGCCGACCAGCAGUGCGGGCCCCGGCUGCCGCCACACUUCCACGAGGAGCUGACGGGAAUGCUGGACGCCAUGCUGACCGCCUACGACCGCGCCCGGCGCGAGCUGCGGUGCGCCGUCCGCAGCGCUCAGCAGGGCGGCUGCGGCGGCGAUGGCGGGCCGGCGGCGGCGGCGCCGCCGCCGCGGCUGCGGGUUCUGCUUGCUGAGCUGGCGGGCGGCCAGCACGUGGAGGACAGGCCCACAGCGGAGCGCGAGCUGUCAGGCCUGCUGGCUGCCCUAACACUCAGCGAUGACUCAUCACCGCUCUCGAAGGGCGGCCGCGGCGAAGAGGCGAGGCGCGGCGGGGAGGGCGCCAGCGCAGGGGAGAGCGGACGCGGUGACGAGGACAGGCGCAGCGGUGAGAGCGCCACCGUGGCCGGGGCAGGAUUUCUGGCAGAGCCAGUGCAGCCACAGAUUUUGGAGCAGGGGGAUGAGGACAGGCAGCGACGCGAGCAGCUGCAUGGCAGCCCCGCGUUCCGCGCGGCGCUGGCGUACGCGCUGCAGCGCAUGGAAGGCGGCGGCGCGGGCGGCGGCGGCAGCGACAGCAAAGGGGACGACCCCUUUGACGUGGGAACGUUCAGGUCGCCAGGGUGGACAAGGGGCUUUUGGGGCUCUUCCAUCAGCCGCUACGAGGGCGCCGCCAGCAGGGGGCUGCCGCUGCUGCGCGGACUGAUCUUGAACUGCAUACGCCCCUCGGCCGCCGGCGCCCUGCCCGGCUACCGCCCCUCCGGCAGCUUCGCUCAGACAUACGCCAAGGGCUGGGCGCGUGGCGGCCCCGCCGACGCGCGCACGCGCGCGGUGGAGGAGCAGGCGCAGGCGGGCGUCGGCGAGGCGCUGCGCGCCGCAUUCGUGAACGCGGCGCUGGGCGGGGCCGAGCUUGCGCGGGCUGCUGCGGUGUGCCGCGGGUGGCGUGACGAGAUUGCGGGCAGCGAUGCAGCAGCCGCCAAGGUCCUCAGUAGUGCAGGGGCACACUCUCUGGGGAAUGCAGGGCAGCACGAGUCAGGACACAUCAAGAACCAGGCUAACAUGGGGGCCACAACUUGA